CACUAACACCUAAUUAUAUACCUUAAUAAAUUGUUACGACCAAACCUCCAAAUAAAAUAAAAGUUGUGUUGAGGUUCGGUCGGAUAGGUCGUUUUAACAGGGUUGGAUCCAAAAAUACCCUCCGGGUUCAACCCCCAAAAAAUAUUUAUAAAAAAUCCCAGUAAUUAAAAUGAAGGGAUUUCAGAUAAAUUCUAAUCAUUGUAGUCUUUUUCCCAUUUUGUUUGUCGUUAUUGGGUUUAUAAUCCCCCCAACGUUUGGUCACAUUGUUGAGUACGAUGAAGUAUGGCGAAGGCGUGCGAUAGAAGCCUGGGAUCACGCCCUCAAGACUUAUGAGCCCGAGCCUCAUAAUGUUACAAAUACCUUAAAUAGCCAAGUUGAAAAGACAUUGCUAGAGUCACAAGAUGAAGUUGCGGAGGCAACAGACAAUAGUACAAGAAGACAUCUCCUAGGCACAAAAAAGUAUAUGGGACCAUGCAACGCCACGAACCCGAUCGAUCGGUGUUGGCGUUGUGAUCCCCAUUGGGCAACCAAUAGGAAGAGAUUGGCUGAUUGCGGCCUUGGCUUUGGCUAUAAAGCCAAAGGUGGAAAGAACGGGAGGUUCUACGUUGUCACGGAUUUCUCCGACGAUUCUAUGAAUCCUAAACCAGGUACUCUCCGACACGCCGUGAUCCAAAAGGAACCGUUAUGGAUCACCUUUGCGCAUGACAUGAACAUUAGGCUUCACCAAGAGCUGAUCAUGCAAGGUGACAAGACGAUUGAUGGUCGCGGGGCACAAGUACACAUUAGUGGUGGGGCCGGGAUCACCCUCCAAUUCAUUAGGAAUGUUAUCAUUCAUGGGAUCCACAUUCAUAACAUCGUCAUAGGUACCGGUGGUCUCGUAAGGGACUCAGUCGAACACUUCGGGAUUCGGACGGUGAGCGAUGGCGAUGGAAUUUCCAUAUUCGGCUCAUCGGACAUUUGGAUAGAUCAUGUUUCCAUGAAGAAUUGCUACGAUGGCCUUAUUGAUGCCAUUGAGGCCUCCACGGCUAUCACCAUUUCAAACAGCCACUUCACCGACCACAACGAGGUGAUGUUGUUCGGUGCAAAUGAUUUUUCCAAAAAAGAUGAGAUUAUGCAAAUCACAAUUGCUUUCAACCACUUCGGGAAGAGAUUAGUGCAAAGAAUGCCAAGGUGCAGAUUCGGAUAUAUCCAUGUUGUCAACAAUGAUUACACUCAUUGGAACAUGUAUGCAAUUGGAGGCAGUUCUCACCCCACCAUCAUUAGUCAGGGCAAUCGGUUCAUUGCUCCUCCAGACAUCUUCAAGAAAGAGGUAACGCAUAGAGCAUCCGGGACCCCUGAAGAGUGGAGGCAGUGGACUUGGAGAUCAGAAGGGGAUGUGUUCAUGAAUGGAGCAUUCUUUGUUGAAUCGGGGGACCCGAAGUUCACUUCAAAACAUGCGAAGCUCUAUGAUGGGAUAAGGCCAUUCAAAGGGGAGGAAGUGACUUGGAUUACUAGGUUUGCAGGGGCACUAACUUGUAAGAUAGGAUUGUCCUGUUAGAUUUUCAAUUUUCUUUUUUCUUCUUUUUUCUAUUUCUUGAUGAUAUCUCCCACAUUAUUAGAAUUUACAUUAACUGCUAAUUAAUGGUUACUCCUCCAAUUAGGCCGCUAAUCAUAUGGUCAAAGUGUGGUGAAUUGUGAAUGUCUUAAUUUGCUCCUUGGCCUCCUUGUUCCACAUUAGUUAACACCUUUAGAAAUAUAAGGUCUCUUUGUCAAUCGAGAUAUGUACUUUUCUACUCAUAUCUGUCUUUAAUUAUUUUGAAAAUAUUAU